UAAGAGACGUAUAUUGCUGGACACGUGUUGAUAACAGAAGAAAACGCUUUGAGAGGAAAGAAAUAGACUUCUCUAUCUCGCGUGCUGCGGCGCAUUCUCCUACCGUCGUCACCAACGGAAGCAGCUUCGAUCCUCAUCAGACACGCAGAGAAAGCCUCGACAGCUUUCUCGUAGGACGGAAGGGAUAAAGCUUGAAGAAGUGCGAUGGAGUGGUGGGAACGUUGGAUUCGCCGGACAAACGUGGUGGUUUGGGACUCUGUUUUGUUUUGAUUUUAUGAUUUCAUAAAGUUUUCUUUUCUUUUGAAGAUUUGUGAUGAUCUUGUGUAUUGUAAACCUGAUCAAUUAUAUGGAUCGAGGAGUGAUUGCGAGUAAUGGUGUUAACGGAAGCUCGACACCUUGUGAUUUCAUAGGCCUUUGCUCUGCUGGCACUGGCAUUCAAGGAGAGUUUAGGUUAAGCAACUUUCAAGAUGGUCUUUUGUCUUCUGCCUUUAUGGUUGGUCUUCUUGUUGCUUCUCCAAUCUUCGCUGCACUCUCCAAAAGACCAAGUGUGAAUCUUCUAUAUCUUUCCCAGAGUUUGUUUUUGUGUAUCAAGAAGCUGAACCAACGGAGUAAUGUUUCUAUGUUUUUGUAUAUUGGAUGCUUCUCUCUUGGUCCUGCUAUUAUAAUCUCAGAGGGUGCUCCUAAAAUAUGGAUCGUUUGUUUCAGUGAUCUCCAUGGUGGUUUUGUUCGUAUACUUGGUAGCAACACCACAAACUCCAUUGGGUCUCUUUUGCCUAGUCAUGAAGUGCUCUUUUUUUGUUAUGGUUUUCUGAUUAAAGUUGAGAUGAGAGGCUCUCUGUGUAAAGUGUGUUCUUGCGUUUUUUCUUCUUCAGUAUGAAACAAUGCCUGCUUGAAAUGGUAAAGUGUGUUCUUGGUAAAGUAUGUUCUUGUAUUGUUUGGUCUUGUUUUUUUGAGCAACAAAAAACAACAUUUUUUAAAGAAACCCUAAAUAAGAAACUAGCAUUGGAGGAUA